UCUCUCUCUCUCUCUCUCUCUCUCUCUCUCUCUCUCUCUAAAUCAACAAACGAAGAUUUCCUCUCAAUUAAUGGCCAAAGUUCACCCUCUGAUUAGCACAUCAAAUACCAUAGAUUCACAAGCUUUUUCAAGUGCUUCUUGUUCUAAUAAUUACAUAACUUCAAAGAGGGAAACAUUCACAGUUUGGAUGAAAUCCCUUGUGAUGCAAGGCAAUGGAUGUACAGCAUACAAUGAGAACGGCGAGAUUGUUUACCGUGUGGAUAACUAUGACCAAAAGAACAGCAAUGAGGUCUAUCUCAUGGAUCUUAAAGGAAAAGUUCUCUUCACAAUUCUCCGAAAAAAAAUCGGGGUGUUUCGCAGAUGGGAAGGCUAUAAAAGCAAUGGUUUGGAUUCAAAUAAUGAUAAGCCAUUUUUUCAAGUGAGAAAAAGUUGCAGUGUUAAUCUUGGAAAAGAUUUCUCCUGCAAAGUUACCUUGAGAUCUAAUGACAUGAAUAAUUUUGAAGCACUUAGUUGCUAUAAAUUAGAAGGCUCACCUGGUAAAUCAGCACUGAGGAUAAUAGAUAACCAAGGAAGACUUGUUGCAGAGGCAAAGAGAAAGCAGUCAUCAUCAGGAGUAAUUUUGGGAGAUGAUGUGUUGACUUUGGUGAUAGAGCAAAAUGUUGAUCACUCUCUUGUUAUGGCUCUUAUGACCGUAUAUGGAUUAAUGCAACAUAAAAUGUGAAUACUUAAAUCAUCAAGGCUUGACUGCUUGUUAUAGAUCUGUGUAUGGGAUUAUAUAUAGGCUAGAGAAAAAUUAUAUAUUCAAUUUUGUGAUCAACCCUUUGACCAUUGAAGUGUAUUAGUUUCAUGGUGUUUUUUGUGGGGAUUUUUAAUCCUAUUUCACUCCAGAUCUUGAUGUUGCUCAAGGUUUUUUGAGGGAAUUAUUUCGACCUGUUUUGAGGAUUGUAAGAUACAUAAUACAU